AUGCAGAAUCUGACAGAUUUUCCUGGAAAUGCAACUAUCCACAAAACCUUGUCUGUGAUCAUCAAGGUGUGUGUGGUUAUCCCCUUUUUCUGCGUCUUCCUGUGCUGCAUCGUUGUCAUGCUGAAUAUUUUUGCAUCUCACAGACAGUUCCUGGACACAUCUCGGUACAUCCUGUUUGCCUGCAUGCUCAUCAAUGACACCCUCCAGCUCUUGUCCUCUGUGCUGCUUUUCCUCUUCAUCAUAAGCCAGGUGAAAUUCGCUAUUGUCUACUGUGUUCCUCUGCUGUUUUUUUCCAGCGCCACUUUCCAGAACACACCUUUAAUCCUGGCCACCAUGUCACUGGAGCGUUAUGUUGCCAUCUUCUACCCCCUGCAGCGCCCGGCGGCCUGGCGCUCCGACCGAAUCUGGAUCAUUGUUCUGUCUCUGUGGCUCAUCAGCUGCAUUACCCCUCUCAUUGACCAUGCCAUCAUAGAACAUGACCCUGCUGUGAAUGUCUUCUCCACCCCUGUGAUUUGCAAAACUAAUUCUAUUAACUCAUCCCCGAUUCAGAAAUUGUUCAGAGCUGCCAUGAGUUUUCUUUUCUUUGCAGUAGUGGCUGUUAUCAUCCUCUUUACAUAUGUGAGAAUCCUGCUGGAAACCAGGAAGCUGAGACAAGACAGAGAGUCUGUAAGCAAAGCCAUGCACACAGUGCUGCUGCACGGCUUUCAGCUGCUGCUGUGCAUGUUGGCCUUCACCAGCCCCAUCACUGAAACUCUUAUUGUUCUGCAUGUUAACUGGCUGCCAGGGGAUGUGUCCUUUUUUAAUUUCUUUUGUUUUAUACUGAUUCCACGCUUUCUCAGCCCGCUCAUCUACGGCUUUAGAGAUCAGAUUCUCAGGGCCUACAUUGCAAAAAUGUUUCUCUGCUGCUCAAACAAAGUCAAACCAGGUAUCAGAGGCAAGCUGCAGGAAAUCGUGUCUGCGAGGUGA